GUGUCGCAAGAACGCGCAGGCGAUUCAAGAAAGAGCGGAGUGCCUGCGCCAGACAAAAUAUAACUCGUGCUGGCCGCCAGCGAUCGCGGUGCAUGGCGUUGGGAAACGAUUCAACUACUUGCGACGAGGCAAGCAGCAUGAUACGCUGAGUGCGUUGCGCACUCUGAUUGGGCGCUGCUAAGCCAUGGAGCGGCAGUCGCGCCGCAGGUCUGGGGACGCUGGCAGAGCCUCUAGUAGUCGCGCAGCGCUUCCCAGCACCAGCGGCAGCGGCGGCGGCGGUGGUUUCGCCGGAAGCGGUAGCCGCGGCGGGGUUGCGCGAGAUGCGGAUUCAGAUUCGGCGCGGGUGGCGGAGAUGGCGGAGAGACGGCAGCUGGCACAGCUGAGAGAGCUGGACGACAUGGCGCUGGAGGAGGAGGACGAGGAGGGGGAGGCAGGGAGAGAGGAGGAGAGGGGGCGUGGCAGAGGGUGGCGAAGGCCAGUCGCUGCAGAGAGUGCAGGGAGGGGCUUGAGGGAGCAGCAGGGCGGGGCGGAGAAGGGGGGGAGUGAGGAGAGUGAGGGGGCUAGGUCGAGUGCAGCAAGGGCGCGGGGCACGGGGAGGUCAGGGGACUCAGAGUGCCUCGUAGAACAGUCAGCGCAGGCAGGGCAGGUGGGGCGGGCAGGAGGGCAGGUUGGAGGGCAGGCAGCGUUAGUGCCCAGGAAGGGGAGCGAGGAGGUGGGGCAAGGAAAGCGGGUGGAAGACGUAGGGCAUGCGGGAGCAGACGUGGGCCGGGCGGAAGUGGGCGGAUUGGCUGGUGCAUGGUCGGGGGAAGCUGCUGCUGGCGCUGGCGGUGAUGGGCGAGGGACGCCGGGUGGGGUCAUGGAGGAUGGAGGCUCGGGGGAGGGGGGUGGUGGAGGGGGGAAGGCGGUUGAGGAGAGCGCGCAGGCAGGCGGCACUGGGAGCGAUGGAGAGAUGGGGGGAAAGGUAGAGGGGGAGGGAGAGUUAGAGGAAGGAGAGGAGUUAGAAGGAGAAGAGGAUUCGGAGGAAGGAGAGGUGCGAGGCGAGCAGUGGAUGGGAGAAGAAUCAGGGCGCGAGGGACGGGCAGCAGCGGGCCAUGGAAGCCCGCAAGGGGGCACGGUGGUAGCGGUGGGGGGUGCGGAGGGGGAAGGGGAUGCGCCACGUCAUGGAUUGGGAGAGGGGGGCGGUGCGGUGCAGGGAGGCAUGGGAGAGGGGGCCGCACGGAGGGGGAGGAGCACACGAGGGGCGAGGCGGCAGCAGCAGAGACAGAGGCGACGAGGGGUGCGAGGAGACGAGGAGAGAGACGGGGAGGAGAUGCGAGGGGGAGAGGUGGGUGGGCAAGGAGUGAGGGGAGCAGGGGCGCAAGCAGAUGACGGUGGGCGGGAGGAGAGGAUGCGCGGCAGGCAAGGCUCGGGGCGGGGAGGGAUGGAGAGAGGAGUGAGAGAGGGAGAGGCGAGGGGAGGCGUGCAGGUAAGGGGGCAUGAGGUGGGAGCAGCAGAGAUGGCUCAGGUGCGGCAGAUACGAGAGGUGGAGCAGGAGGCGCUGGAGGAGGAGGAGGAAGAGGAAGGGGGGGAAAGGGAGGCCGAGAGGAGAGCACGGGAGAGGCGAAGGCGGGCGUCGUGGCAUGGCAAUGGGCGAGGCAACAGGGACAGCGAUAGGGACGUGCGAGGUGGUGAGGCCGGCAGGGCAGGGGUAGAGGGAGGCGAUGUGGACAGUGGCUCGGUGCAUUCCUCCCAACCCACGCGCGUGAUUCAAGGGGGUGCUGCUGAGAUGGGUGAUCGCGCAGAGAGGAGGGAGGGCAUGCAAGUAGAGCGAGGGCGCGUGCCAGGGAGGGGUGCAGGCAGUGGAGAGGGGGGAGAGGCUGGCCCUACAGCAGAGCAGCAGGCACGGCAAGGGGUUGAGAUGGCCACAUGGAGAGGUGCGGACGCUGGCAGAGGUGCUGGCAGAGGUGCUGGCAGAGGUGCUGGCAGAGGUGCUGGCAGGGAUCAUGGUGGUGGUGAUGCGGGUGGCAACGGUGGCGCUGGGAAUGGUGGUGGGCAUGGCAACGCGGGUGCAUUGGCGCUGGUGUCGGAGGCGGAGCGGCAGCAGAUCGAGCGCAUCCUGGCCAUACAGCAGGAGGAGCUGGAGGAGGAGGAGAUGGGCGAGGGGGAGGACGAGGGGGAGGGGGAGGGGGAGGAGGCGGAGGGGGUAGCAGGGGGCGAGGCGAGGCAGUUUGUGCUGAGCUCAAGUGACAAUGACGAGGACAGGGGCGAUGGAGGCGCCUUGAGGAUGCGAGGAGGAUUCACAUUCGAUCCUGCCAUCACAUCCCUGCACACAUACCUUGGAGACGCGGAGGACAUCACAGGAGCUCAGGCGUUUGCAGAGGGAGGCACCAUGCUGCGCCUGCCCAUGUUCUACCUCGAAGGCAUAGUGCUCUUCCCCGAGCAGGCGCUCCCUCUGCGCGUGCAGCAGCCGCGCUUCAAGGCGGCCGUCACUAGAGCCAUGGCGCAGGCAGGCCAGGCCGCGCACAUGCUGGGAGUGGUGCACGUGCACAUGGAUCCGCAUGGCUUUGACAUCCGAGUGGCUUCAGUUGGAGCAACAGCUGAGAUCCGGCGCCUGCGCCAGCUGGAGGACGGGUCCAUCAACGUGGUCACCAAGGGCCGCCAGCGCUUCGUGGUGCGCCGGGCGUGGAUGGAGGCCGACGGCUCGCCCACAGCGGAGGUGCAGAUUCUGGAGGAGCCGACCCCCCUCCGCCUGCCAGCUGGCGCCUUCUCCCGCAGCCGCGGCAUGCGGGCGGCAUUCUCCGGCCGUUUGCGGAGAAGGGAAGCGGAGAGGGCGGGGGAUGGGGCUGACGACUCUCAGGGUGUGAGCAGAGAGGAGAGGAGAGGAGAGGAGAGGAUGGCACGAGGGGGUGAUCAGGAUGCGGGCAACCAAGGGGGUUUGCGUGGUGAUGGUGAUGGGAGGAGGGGAGAGGGGAUGGGGGAAGAAAGUGGGCGCGGCGAGAGACGAGGGAGUGAGGGGGAGAGGGUAAGGAGAAGGGAGGAGAGGAGGAGGGAGCUUGUGAGGAGGCUUAUAGAGCAAGGUGACUGUAUGGAGGGGGAGGAUGGAGGAUGGGUAGAAGAGGACGAGGAAGAAGAGGAAGAGGAGGAGGACGAAGAGGAGGAAGAGGAGGAGGAGGAGGAAAUGGAGGAAGAGCAAAGAGGGGAAGGCGAGGGGCAAGAGAGGGAGGAGCAGAGAGGAGGGGGGAGGUGUGGGGGUGGUGACAAUGUGCGAGUGCAACGGAGAGACGAGGGGGAAAGACAGCAGCGAGAGGAAGAGGAGGACGAAGAAACGGAGGAAGCAAGGGGAGGAGGUGUGCGACUGAGCCGGUUGAUGGGGCUGUUUGGAGUGAGGGAGGGGGAGGAGAGGAGGGACAGGCGGGACGACGAGGAGGAAGAGGAGGGGAGAGAGGGAGAUGGGAGAGGAGAGGAGGGGAGGGCGAGCAGCAGCAGGAAGAGGAGGAGGUGGGAGGCGUGGGGAGGGGCGGCACGGUACUGGGCGAUGGAUGAGAGUCGGUGGAGGAGGAGAGCUGCGGCGGCGGCAUGGCCCCAUUGGGUGUACCGCAUGUUUGAUGCGUGCGAGCUGGCAAGGCGAGUGGCAGACAUGUUCGCCCAGCUGCUGCCAUCGCAGUCGCUGCCGCUGCCCGACCUCAUUCGAGCGCCCGAGACGCUCUCCUUUGUGGUGGCCGCCAACAUGCCAAUCAGUGACGCACACAGGCAGCAGCUGCUCCAGGUGGGGUCGACGGUGUACCGGCUGCAGAAGGAGAUUCGCCUGCUCGAGUCCAUCGACCACCUGCUCUGCUCCACGUGCCGGUUCCGUGUGGCGCGGCGCAGCGACAUGGUGUGCAUGAGUGCGGAGGGCGCCAUCAGCGCGUUUGUGAACGCGCAUGGCUUCGUGCAUGAGACGCUCACUCUCGCGCGCGCCAGGGGGCUCGUGCUCGAGGGGCGCGCCGAGACGGAAAACAGCUGGUUCCCGGGCUAUGCAUGGACCAUCGCCCACUGCGGGCGUUGCGGCAUCCACGUGGGGUGGCGCUUCACCGCAGUCAAGCGCGGGCUCAAGCCACAGGCCUUCUGGGGGCUCAGGAGGGCGCAGCUCACAGCAGACACUGGGGACGAAGGGGCUGCUGAUGCCUGAGUUUUAGCUUCGCUUGUUUGCAGCACUGGUAGUUCGUUUCUACAAGCGCUUGUUUCAUUUCAUUCGUGACACGCGUUGUAGAAGCUUGUGUCGAGUGACCCGUUGGGGUUACCCUUGAGAAGAUCCUCGGGGAAGGGCCAUGGGUGCAGAGUCUAGGGGGCUAUGUUAGAAUGGAAUAAUGACUAGAAUAGGAGGGUACAAGGCAAUAUAGGCUAGUGUGUUGUACCCUCUAAGGCACAAACCUGUAUAGUCUAUAGUAACAAACUAAGUUAUGUUUGGCACACCCCCUAGACUAUA